GAUUUAUUCCUAUCAUCUGUGGUGUGUUGGCCUGAUGCGAUCCACCGAAAACAAGCUUGUUCGCCUAACUGUCUUUUGAUUCUGAUGUCAUCUCAGGGAUUAUUUUCUCAGUUGAAACAAACCAAGGAUCCCACUGUGUUGAGACAACUUAAUCAGUACGUUAGGUUCAACACGAGACUUGCUGUAGCGAAGGCGACGGUGCAGUUUCUGGAUGAAUGCCUUUUGCGUAGUGAAUAUCCCAAACACUUUUGGAAGAUUCUCAGACGUAACGGAGUUAAGCCAACGAGCACUGCUUUGAAGCGUCACACUCUGAACAAGCGAGACACUGUGGUUUCUCGGAUUGAUGAGCUUGACCACAAGCGGUGUAGCUACUCCGAUGCACUGAGUGAAUUGGACCAUGAGGAAUACAAACAGUUCGAAUCAUUCGUUCAGCGAAUUAUGGCUCGGCAAGUGGAAGUGCGAAUAGCCUCAUUACGGCGACAAAUCGCUUCAAUAACGCAGAGUAACUCGUUUCCACCUGACCCUGAGAAGUACGUGCACAAUUUCUCCUCUUUGCAAUUAGAUAGAACACAAAUGGAGGUCCUCUCACUAGGCCCGAAAUUCUGUUACCCCAGAGGUAAUGUACAACAGUUAGACUUGGAAGUCCAAUUUGAAAAUCUCUAUUCUCAAGUUUCUACCUUAACACCAUCAUCAGCAUUAGCAGCCGAACAGUAUAAAUCCACAUUGGUAAACACAUGCUACCAGUACCUGAGAUACAAACCGACCAUCAAAUAUCUUCUAAAGAACAGGCAUUUGGACGCUCUGAAGGAACUCAAGAAAAACGAGGAUGUUUUGUUGUCUAGACCGGACAAAGGAGCCGGGAUUGUAUUGAUGAACAAGUCAGAUUAUAUUGAUAAGAUGAACACCAUCCUAAGAGACGCAUCGAAAUUUCGAAAAGUGCAAAACGAGAAAGACAGGACGCCGGCGAUUGAGAAGACCAUGACAAGACUUUUGCGGCGUUUGAAACAAAAUAACAUCAUAGACUCUGACACUUUUGAAUACGCCAGACCUAGUGGAACCGUGAUUCCGAGACUUUAUGGCUUACCUAAGAUCCACAAGCAAGGUGUACCGUUGAGACCGAUACUGGACAUGUACAACUCUCCCUAUCAUCUGACUGCUAAGUGGCUUGUUAAACGCCUCGAGCCGGUCAGGAAAGCCAUAUCUAGGUACAGCCUCCGGGACACUUUCGAAUUUCUUGACUCGGUGCAACAACUAAAUCUAGCUGGACGGAAGAUGUUCUCACUAGAUGUGACGUCACUUUUCACCAACGUCCCGUUAGAAGAGACCAUUGACUAUCUCUGCGAGUUUAUCCAAUUGCACAACUUCAACAUCGGUAUUCCAAAUGACUGUUUAAGGCAACUUAUAUUGGCGUGCACUAAGAACAUUCAGUUUCAGUUCAAUGAGACGUUUUACAGACAAAUAGACGGGGUAGCUAUGGGUUCACCAUUAGGACCGCUACUCGCCGAUGUCUUCAUGAGUAAGUUGGAGAACACUCAGCUAAACGAAUGUAUCAACAACUUGGUUUACUACGGUCGAUACGUAGAUGACAUAUUUUGUGUUGCGGAUGAUCGAGUAUGCAUCGAAGAUCUGUUAGCCCACUUCAACGCUGCACAUAACAACAUAGUGUUCACCAUAGAACUUGAAAGUAACAACUCGUUGUCAUUCUUAGAUGUCCACAUCACCAGAACAUCAGACGGGACAGUACAAAGGAGAGUACAUAGAAAGACAACUUGGACCGGUCAAUAUACUCAUUUCGCCAGCUUUGUUCCAAUGAGUCAAAAACGCAACCUGGUCCGUUGUCUAACGGAAAGAGCGAGGAAAAUAUGCACGGAAGAUACGCUGUCAGAUGAACUGAGUUUUAUUCGAAGCGUUCUCGAACAAAAUGGUUAUCCGGACAAAUUCAUCCGGAGACACAUGGAGCCACGAGCACCUAAAGUCCAACCAAUCACCGCUGAAAAGCGCUUAAUCUACUUAUCACUGCCUUUCAAAGGUGAUGUGAUAGCAGAACGAACUACUCGAAGGCUCUGCAAUGCAACAGCGAGAACGUACUUUGCAGCUGACCUCCGCGUCAGCUUCACUUCUACGCCAGUCGUGAGUCAGCAUCUCAAGGACAGAUUGCCGAGGUCGAAUAUUUCCUUCUGUGUGUAUCAUUUUUCUUGCUCGUGUCGAGCAAGUUAUAUUGGAAAGACGACCAGGAGACUGUCUGAGAGAGUGCGAGAACAUUGCCCGGCGUGGCUCUACACUGGUGUCAGAAAGACAGUAGUCAGCGCGGUGCUGGGGCAUUUGGCCGACACAAAUCACCAAGUGAAUGUGCGAGAGGCCUUCCGGCCUAUCUACAGGAUAUCUGGACGCCACACGCGAGCCCUCCGAUGUCGCCUAUUGGCGACAGCGGAAGCAAUCGCUAUUCGGCUCCAUAAUCCCGAAUUGUGUGCCCAAAAGAAGUUUGUACAUGCUCUACAGCUGCCAUGGCCUCAAGCUUCCCCAUGUUACGACACCACGCCUGACCCUUCCACUAACGAUGCCCAAGCCAGUGUGGUCACUUGAUCGCAUUAACCGGUCAAUUCACUUCAUUGAUUCAUUGUAUUUAAAUACCCUGUGUUUGAUUUAUUCCUAUCAUCUGUGGUGUGUUGGCCUGAUGCGAUCCACCGAAAACAAG